AUGUCUUCCGCCAUGGACGUUGAAGUUUCCACUCACUAUUUUUUCGGUGAUUCAGUCGACUUUUACCACGAUUUUCAGGGAGAAUGUGAAGAUUGUGGAAGAAUAGUUCCAGAGUGGUCAUUGUUACAGUGUCAGUACGGCUUUUGCGGGAAAUUUUGCUGCACAAAAUGUGGAUUUCGUUGUCGCAACUGUGGGCAGUAUGAAGACCGCUCUGUUUCGCUUUGUUUAUCUCACGCCCUAAUGGUUUAUCCACCUUGUGAUGGUUGUAAGAAACAGUUCUGUGAUGUCUGCUCCAAGAUAUCUGUAACUCAGGUUUGUGUUUUAUGGUGACGUGGCAUAUAAAAAUAGUUAAGUUUGUACAAAACUGUACUUUUUAUCGGCCGGCUUUUCGCAUGUAAACAAAAUUUGGGCGCCAAGAUUAUAGAGUUGGUUCUGUUACGAUCAUUAAGAAGAGAAAAAGCUAAGUAACCUUCUUAGUAAAAAUACAUUUCUUGGACAUAAAUAAUUUAAAAUAGAGAUGACCAACAACGGGGAAAAAAACAUGACCGCGCAAAAUGUGUGCGUGUAGUAUAGUUCCUAUCUCUUAAAUCGAGAGUGACACUAUUAAAAAAAUAAAACAAAGAAAAUUCUUCCUGCAAUACGGUGCAGUGUAGCUACACAACCGUUAUUCUUCUACCUGUACUAUUAUAUGGCUUUCAACCGAGGUUGGCGUUUUUAAAAAAGAAGCUUGUAUUAAAAUAAUAACAAGUAAGUUGAAAUACAUUAUAAACGAGAAGGGAGGAAGAAAUAAAAGCUAAGAUCAGUAAUAGAACUGAUCUUUUAGCCUCGGGGGUGGGGGGGGGAGGGGUACUAACCCUUAACCCUUAUGUGUCCUAUACGGCAGUAUACGGGGAUGUGCCACUGGACAGGGUAUGGUUUUUUACCUCUCUGUCCUGUAAAACAGAGCAUAUAAUAAUUUCAUGUGAGUCUGUCAACAGGGUGUUGCCUGCACAAUUGAUUUGAUUUGCUGGAUCAAUUUUGUUUGUACUCCAAGUAUACAAAAGCCUAUAACAUGAAUUUGCUCUAUUGCAAUUGUCAGAAUAAUAAAUAAUAAAAUUGAGGGUGUUGUCCUAAACAGGGUAUGUAUUUUAGGAAUUUCUUUUCCUAAACAGGGUCAAGGUGUCAAACCCUCCCCCCCCCCCCCCCCGGGUUUUUGCCCUUUUUAUUUUUUUUUUUUUUUUUUUUUUUUUUUUAAAAAUUUAUAUUUUUUUUUUUUUUUUUAUUUUUAAAUUCUUCCUAAAACUUUUUUCUCUAAAAACAAAAAACAAAAAAAAGAAAAAAAUUUUAAAGAGGGAAAAAGUAGACCAGGGUGGAUUAAAUAUUGUUAUCCCAAUUUAAAAAAAAAUAUAAAAUUGAUUUUCUUUUUUUUAAUUGUCAAAAAAAAAAAUAAAAAAAAUUGGGGGUUUUGCACAAAAAGGGUUUUUUUUUUUGGAAAUUUUUUUUCCAAAAAGGGGCAAAGGGUUCAAACCCCCCCCCCCCCCCCCGGGUCUUUUAGCCUUUAUAUAUUUUAUCUUCAGUAUUAUCUGAUUCUAACACUAUCAUAUUUCUGUUUCUUUUUGAAGUGUAAAUCCUACCUGAAACAUUUCUGCACUAAAUGCCAAAGCCAAGAGAAUGAAAAUAUUUCCAAGAGUGGAACCUGUGACCAGUGUGAUAUUAAAGCUCUACACACCCUUCAGGAGAUUUGUCGCACACAAAUACGACACACCAUCAGGGGUGCAAUUGGAAAACGUGGGCCACCAUAUCACAUGCUACGGUCAAGGGAUAUAGACCAAAAUGUUCAACAUCUUCCCCUCCCUGGUCCCGUGAAAAACUAUGUGUGUUAUAAAUAG